CCUGCGUUCCUGCUAAAGAAAGUAGGCAGAGAACAUUAGUUAAAUAAAAAAUUAAAAAAAAAAGGUCAUUGACUAAAGUGUGUAUUCGAUUUUGUGUAUCUUAACCUGUCCCUCCUCGUUUUUCAGGUACUUGAAUAGCCUAUAUAUGUAGAAGCGUGGAAAUUGGAGUAGUCGGAUUGCGUUUCUGAUAACACAAGAAUCCGAUAGAGAGAAGAGUUGCAUUUGCAUAGCACAUAUAUAUCUGUCUGUACGUAGCAUUAGCACUGCACUUGUAGACUUAUUAUGGGUUGCAGAGGGCAAUUGAAGCCUGUUUUUGCAAUGAUUUUUAUUACUUUUGCCUUUGCAAUUGUGAAUGUACUUCUUAAAAAGGUUCUUGAUGGAGGAGCUAACCAGAUGGCUAUUGUUACAUAUCGACUGUCAAUUUCUUCUAUUUUCUUGGCUCCUAUUGCUUACUAUUGGGAAAGGGAAAACAGACCCAGGCUUACAUUUCAGAUCUUAUGCUACCUUUUCCUUGGCGCUCUUGUCGGGGUAACGCUCUCACAGUACCUGUUCCUUCUGGGACUCGAGUAUACUUCUGCUGCGUUCUCCUGUGCAUUCCUCAACAUGGUGCCUGUAAGCACCUUCUUGUUGGCUCUACCAUUCGGUUUAGAGAAAGUGAACAUGAAGAUCAAGGCAGGAAGAGCUAAGGUGUUGGGUGCAGUAAUUUGUACGGCCGGAGCUGUUCUAUUAACCCUUUAUAAAGGAGUUCCCUUGACCAAACCUCAUUCUGGAGACAUCAAAAACCACGCUGAUACAAUGAUGUCUGAUAAGAAGACACAAAGAUGGGUUAUAGGUUCUCUAUUUUUGAUGGCAGGCAGCCUUAUGUGGUCUUCAUGGUUUCUCGUACAAACCAAAAUUAGCAAGAGAUACCCAUGUCAAUAUUCUAGCACAGCCAUUUUGUCCUUCUUCGGUGCAAUCCAAUCUGCUAUUGUAAGUUUGAUUGUUGAAAGGAACAUUGCCAUGUGGAUUCUGAAGGGGAAAUUCGAAAUUAUAAGUAUUGUUUAUGCUGGGGUGGUAACAUCAGGCCUGUGCUAUGUAGGGAUGGCAUGGUGUGUGAAACAAAGGGGCCCUGUAUUCACAGCUGCAUUCAGCCCUUUCACCCAGAUAUUUGCUGCAAUUUUCGACUUCUCUAUCCUUCAUGAUCAAAUUUAUCUUGGAAGUGUUCUAGGAUCUAUCCUAGUUAUACUUGGCCUGUAUAUUCUCCUGUGGGGCAAAAGCAAAGACGCAGAGGAAUGUGUGAUGAAGCAAAGCCUAGCCACGGAAGAUCGCAAUAAAAUUGGUGACGUAGAAUCACAAGCUUCUGUAACCAUCAAUUCAACUAGUUCAUAAAACAAUGAUCAACCAGUUCUCUUACCAAUAAAUUUUGUAGCCUCAUGCAAAUCCAAGGCAGCAUGACAGUGUUAUUACGAAAUGAA